AUCUAUAAAAAAAACUAAUUUAUUAGUCAUCCCACUUUGAAUCAUCUGUCGGCAAAAUUCGGUGAAUUUUAACAAAAAUAUUAUAUAAAUAGAUCGGUAUCGUUCCAGAAGUUUGGAAAUUGUGCUUUUCAUACUUUUUGUAUAAUAGUCUAGUUUAUAUUUCUAAAGAUGAGUGUACUAGGUUUUAGUGACAUUGUUAACGGACCGUUAGCUCAAUAUCUGCAACUUUCCGCCCAAAUUGGUGGAGAUGUGGCAGAACAUUCGAAUUUGGUUAAAAAUGCCUUUAACGCCCAAUACAAAUUCUUAGAAUUGGCAAGUCAAUCUUCCAAACCCGCACCCAACGAUUUAAACAAUUUUUUGGUGCCAACAAGCGAUAGUAUUCGACAAAUUCAAGAGUUUAGGGAAAAACAUCGCACUUCCCAAUAUUUUAACCACUUAUCAGCUAUCAGUGAGAGUAUCCCUGCUUUAGGAUGGGUCACAGUAAGUCCUACACCUGGCCCUUUUGUCAAGGAAAUGAAUGAUGCUGGGCAGUUCUACACCAACAGAGUACUAAAAGACUGGAAAGAAAAGGAUAAGAAGCAUUUUGAUUGGACCAAAUCUUGGGUGCAGACUCUAUCUGACCUUCAAGCUUUUGUGAAACAAUAUCAUACUACUGGGUUGGUAUGGUCAGGCAAAGGAGCUCCACCAAAAGCUGGCGUACCCCCACCACCUCCGCCAGGAUGUCCACCACCCCCACCCGUCCUCGACUUGGCAAGUAUGGGAGGAGCAGGAGAUGCAAGUCAAGAUCGUUCAGCUCUCUUUGCGGAAAUAAACAAGGGACAAGAUAUUACCAAGAGUUUGAAAAAAGUCACCGACGAUAUGCAGACUCAUAAAAAUCCUACUUUGAGGCAAGGCCCUGCACCUUUCAAAGCGACAACUCAACAGACAAGCUUGUCAUCUGUCAAACCUGCGCAGGUUGAGAAAGCUCCGAUUUUCAACCAAGACGGUAAGAAAUGGAUGAUCGAAUACCAAAAAGGCAAUCACAAUCUAUUGGUUGAGAAUGCCGAGAUGAAUAAUGUCGUUUACCUCUUUAAGUGCGAAAACUCUACUGUACAGAUCAAAGGAAAAAUUAACUCCAUAACUUUGGAUUCGUGUAAAAAGACCUCUGUGGUGUUUGAUUCACUUGUGUCUUCCAUGGAAUUUAUCAAUUGCCAAUCUGUGCAAAUGCAGGUCAUGGGCAAAGUUCCUACCAUCUCAAUCGAUAAGACUGACGGGUGCCAAGUAUAUUUGAGUCCGGAAUCAUUGGAUGUUAACAUAAUCACUUCAAAAUCAUCAGAAAUGAACGUACUGAUACCAAAAGGAGACGGAGAUUACACCGAAAUUCCUGUACCGGAACAAUUCAGAACAAGUGUGAACACCAAAAACAACACCCUUACAACCGUCGUAAUCGAAAACAAGGGAUAAAUUGUUCGUGUUUAAUAUUUAUGAACUACAUUUACGUCUAACAAAUUUUAUAAUUUUUAUUUUUCAGUAUUCGUAUCUCCGGCUUUGAAAUAUUUAUUUUUACGCUUAGCUAAGAAAAAAGAGAUUAGUGGUAUUCAUAGUAUGUAAAUUUAUGAUUUUGCAGGAACUAUGGGAUUAGAUUAUUACAAAAUAUAUGUUGAUAUUGAAAUAGAAAGGAAUAAUCAAUAACAAUUGUAGAAUUUUCUCCAACUCUUUCAUUGCUGGUAUGAUGGGCAACAAAGAAGGUAAUCGAAGAUCAAUGAUGUUAUGCAAAUGUCCUAAAAGGAGAUAUAUCUACUUUUGUCAUUAAUUAUAAUCUUUUAUUAAUAAUUGUUACUAACAGCAUUCUUAAGUUGAGUACUAAAAACCGUUGUAGUAAUUUUUGCGAUAUUAUUAAGGCUGAUUCCUAUGUACAUAAAAUUUGUUAGUAGUAAAGUAUCUGUUUAGAAUAAAUGAUAUUUAUAAUAUU